GGGCGGUGCUGUGGCGCCGUGCGGGAGCAGGAGCGGGGCUCGGUGCGCUCGCGCCGUUCCUCGGCCCUCAUGGCUCCUGCCCGCAGGAAGGCGGCCGCGGGCGCGCGCGGCAGGAAGCUGAGCGCCUUCCUGAAGGACUUCGACCGGGAGGGUAGGCCGCGGGCGGGCGCGCCGAGGCCCGGGCCGCGUCCGACGCCGCGUCCGUCCCCGCAGUGAGGAGCCGGGUCGAGCAGCUGCGGACGAACGGGGAGCGCCUGGUCAAGGAGAUGGAGAACCUGUACGACGUGGAGCUCCUCCGGCUGCCCGCGGCGCUCCGCGAGAUGAACUGGCUGGAGUUCUUCGCUAAAGGGGGAAGCCAGAAAGUCGUGGAGGAGGCGGUGACGGUAGGUAUCCAGCACAAAUGGGAACCUUUCCCUCUUGCCUUGUGUGUUCGUGUAGGAGACGAGCCGAAGGCUUUGUGUAUCCGCAGGAGAGGAGCGCUGCUGCGAUAGCGCGGGUUACGCACGCAGCUGCUGCGUUAAGACUUAGCAGGAGGAGAUCCUGUGGUGUCCCCCGCAGGGCUUGCGUGCUCGCGCUGCUCCUUGCCUGGCUUGCCAGGCCUGCUUAAUUUCACGGACAAUGUGAACAACGGGAUUCUGUUGGUUUGAACGUUCCAGAAACUUUGAGGGGGAGAAAAGGAGAAGGGUGGGAGGAGGGAACCCGUGAAAACAUCUCUCUGCCCAUUGACAGAUUCCCUGGGAAGAAGGCAGUGGAGGGAAUGAAAGCAUUAGCACCCUCGGGACUUUGAAGUAACUUCUGAGGCUCAAACUGUGCCGCGUUGUAUACGAACACCAGACGGGUGUCCCAGCUGUGCUUUUAGGGCUCUCGUAUAUUUAUUUUUAUAUGUAUAUAUACACACAGAGCUUCAAAGAACAGAGUGUCAUUCUCAGAAAUGUUCCAGUAGGUUCGAAGUAACGUAAUCUCUCCCUUGCAGGUGACGCUGACCGAGCCUCAGGAGCCCCGGGCGGCACGUGGCUAGAAGUGAGAGCUCAGUCCAUCUGCAGGUGUCGGCAGCGUGCGCUACGGCUUUGUACUGGUUGGGGUGCGAGGCCGAAAAGGCGUGGCGGGCGUGGCUCCAGGCCAGCCAGGAGAUGUCACAGCACAGAUGACAUCACCCGGAGCCCGUGUGCUGUCACAAUGCAUUGCCAUGACGACGCCGGGCCCUCCCCAAGGACAGCUGGCCGCUGGCUCCAGGCGCCUCAUUUGUGAGCUGUGCUGCCCGCAGCCGCUCGCCGUGCCCUGUGCCUGAGAGCAGCCCCAGCAGCAGACUAGCUCAGCCUCAUCGCGCUCGUCCUCCAAGGCUCAGAGAGGUUUGGAGGCACAUGCCUGCCAGCAUGGACGGAGCCUGGGUGGGGACCUGGAGACCUCAUCGCCCACGCGGCCUCAUCUCGGCCCAGUUCCCCAGCCCCGGGCCCCAGUACUCCAUCCCGGGGACAACAGGUUAUGUGGGCCACAGCCCCACCAAAGCCCGUGCCCCCGCCUACACGUUUAGAGGGACCAAACCGCCUGCGGCAGGGAGCUGCGGGCCAGGUCCCUGCUACUUUGUGGAGCCCGCCAUCACCAGGAACGGGAAGUACGUGGCUCCGGGCGCCCAGCUCCGGGGACGACCCGCGACGAAGACCACCGUCACUCCCGGACCAAGUGACUACCGCACCGAGGCAGCCAACAGGCACGUCUUCAAGUGCCCACCGGUGCAGUCCAUGGCCUUCCGGCGGGAGCCCCUCCGGACAGACCACCCUCCAGGUCCUGGCACCUACACGCUGCCCAGGCUGAUGGGGCCCAACACAGUCUACACAUCGGCCAGCCCCUGCUACUCUGUGAGGGGAAGGAGCCAGCGAGGUCGGUUUGACGAAGACCUUGCCAAGACUCCGGGUCCUGCGGCGCUCCCCAAAGUGCCUGUGGAUGCCUACAAGACCAGGGCGCCCGCGUACACGAUGGCAGCCCGACCAAAAGCUGGAGAGGGCAAAGCAGCGAAGCCCGGGCCGGCAGACUACAGCGUAGGCCGGGUGACGCUGAUCAAGCCCCAGGCGCCUGCAUCCACGUUUGGAAUCCGGCAUUCCCUCUACACAACCCCUCUCAUCGUGGAGUGAAACAACAAAGCCUGGAAGGCCUGGUUUCCUUUCCUGGAACGGAAGGGGAGGGGAAGAGAGAGCGACCAUCUGCCGGUUUCCCUUUGAUUCCAUUUCCCUGCCUCGUGCCUCGGGUUGGGCUUUUGCCCAUUUUACUGUUGGAUGCUAGCAAUAGGAGUAAGUCGUUAAUAAAAUGUACCUUUAUGUAUA